AUGCAGACUAAAUAUUGUGAAGAGUUGCAUGAUAUUCGAAUUCUUAGCAAGAUAGCCGAGAUAGUCAAACAGCGCCGCAAAUUCGAAUUCCGACUCAAGCGGCCGAGCCCGCUCAAGAAGGAUUACUUGGCGUACAUCGACUACGAGAAGCAGCUCGACACCCUACGGCGCCUCCGCCAAAAAUCCCUUAUGCGGAAAACCGGCGCCGAAAGAUCGGAAGAAACGAUCUCCGAUCAUGCCGGCGUUGCCAGGAUCAUCAACAUUUAUCGGCUCGCCACCACCCGGUUCAAGGGGGACCUCAAGUUGUGGUUUCAGUACUUGGAAUUUUGCAAAGAACGGCGUCACGGGAGGAUGAGAAAGGUUCUGGCUGAAUUUCUAAGAUUUCAUCCAAAAGAGCCUGCUGCUUGGAUUUAUUCUGCUGCUUGGAAUUUUGACACCAAUCUAAAUGUCAUUGCUGCCCGCAAACUUAUGUUCAAAGGUAUGAGAGCGUGCCCAAAUUCUGAAGACCUCUAUAUAGAAUUUCUUAGGAUGGAACUCACAUUCCUUAACAAGUUAAGAGCUCGAAAGGUGCUCUUGGGAGAGCUUGUGGGAGACCAAUCUCUUGUUCACAAGAGUGCUGAUGAGGAAAAGUGGAAAAAUGAGAACAAGGAAUUGUUUGUGGCACUUAACGAGGGUGGGGAUGGUAAUGACGAGAGAGAUAGUACCCAAGAUGGGAAACCUAAAGGGAAAAAGGACGAAUGGAAGUCUUGCUUGGACAUGGUUCAGACCACUUAUAGUCAUGCAAUUGAAGCCUUACCCGCUGCUUUCAGUCUCAGAACACGGUUUCUUGAUAUAGUGGAAGCAGUAGGGUUGGGUCAUUUAGAAGAUAUGCAAACAAAGAUACUUAGUGACAUGAGAAGGGAUUUCUCAAAGGAGCCUUCGUAUUGGGACUGGCUUGCGAGGUAUGAAGCAGGAGAUCUCGAACGAGCAGAUCAAAAGCGGUUGGGCAAAGCAGUCAGGGUUUAUGAGGAAGCUCUGGAAUUUGUACCAUCAGCUACUAUAAUCGAGCUUUAUGUAAAGUUUCUCAUGGAUGCCAUCAAUGAUGAAAAUAAGGAUGGAGAAGCUGAAGUUCGUUUUGAUUCUGACAGUCAAGCCUUAGGCAUUGUUUCACAUCUCCAGACAGUAUAUGAGAAGGCCAAGAAUAUGGGCUUCCUUACCGAGGAUCUUGCUUGCCUUCAUGUUUCAUUCCUUUUUCACAUGGGAAAAUCAAGCGAGGCCAAGAUGGAGAGUGAAAAGCUUUGCUCUGGACAAUUUUCCCAUUCAGCGAAGUUAUGGACUUUACGGCUUUCUAUAGAGAUGAAAGGCACUCAGGCUGAAUCUCUACACCAAACCAAAAGUGACCUACAAUACAUCUUUGAGCUUCUUAGAAAUAUUCUGAUGAAAGUUCACUUUAGGGAAGCCGAAAACUUGUGGGUUAUGGUAUGAAGAAGUUUUCCACUACUUGAUUGCCUAUUUGUUUGUGAAUUAUGUCAUCUUUUUUAUACAUGUUAAAAUGCUCCUGAAAGUCCAUUCAAUUAUGGUCAUCAGUGGUAUGCUUGGGGCUUUACAAUUUUGCGAGAACAAGCUGAUGUUGAUGGUAUCCCAUUUGUUUACCGCUAUGUUUUCUUUGCAUAAUUGCAUAAUGCCCUAUUCCUCAACCACGUUCACGCCCAAAAUGCAACAAACAUGGGCAUGAUUUCUUCUUUGCUUUUCUUUUUUUAACUUGCGUAAGGAGGUUAUAUCUGAAAGCUUUCUUUGUUUGUAAUACCUCUUAUGGGCAUCAUCGUACCCUGGUGAAACUUGUGGAGAUAUGAUCAUCUGAGACUAAUAACGACCUUUUGUUUGUUUUGUUUUGUUUUCUGUUUUGUUUUAGGGGCUGACAUACUUUGCAAAUCAAAGACACUAUUUUGAAAAGCUUGUAAAGACAUCAAUUCUAGUUUUAGCUAGAGAUGGUGGGAGUGAUACUGGAUUUUCACUCUCGUCGACAAUUGUAAAUAAUAUUCUCCAGAAGGAUGGAGUUGAAAGUGCAAGAAAUAUGUACAAGCGGUUUCUGGCUUUACCUCAUCCGGGACUUGCUAUAUUCAGAAAUUGCAUCGAGCUAGAGUCGAACCUUGCAUCUGCUGGGGACAAGAUUGGUCUUGCCAAUGCUCGGAAAUUGUAUGAAUCUGCACUUGCAACUUAUGAUCAAGAUGCAAGUCUGUGGCGGGACUAUCACUCCAUGGAAGUCAAGCUGGGAAGCUCUGAAACUGCUGCGGCUGUCCAUUGGCGUGCGACGAAGGUCCUCAAGAACACCAGCGUUCUUCUUCCUAGUGCAAUCCUGUCAUGACUUGUGUGGCGUGUUUCACAAUCUAGUUACUCUUUUUCCUUAUUUAUUUAUUUCUUUUUCUUUUUUUUUUGGGGGAUUUUUCAGUUAGUUUUCUUGUUUAAUUGUUGUAACAUGAGGAAACGCACAGCAAGUGAUCUGACUUAAAGUUCUCAAGGUAAAAAUCUUGUGAAUGUAAAAUUUUGGCACAUCAAAGAUGAACAUUUUUCAUUCCAACAAAACUGAAUGCGAAAGUAUUGUUUCGCGAGUGAGCUUGAUGAUGAUAAACCGAGACUUAACAUGCAUGAGAAAUAAUAUCUUAAAGUUACAUUCUCAUCUUUUUCUCCUUACCCAGGACAUGAAUUGAGGAGCUAUUUUAAAUCACUGCAAAUACAAGUCACAUCUCAUGUCUAGGUUUCGGUUCUCUACAUAUUGGAUUGCACAAGAAACUCGAGUGUGAGAAGAUAAUAUGGG